CGAAAGCGUCCGAGAAGCAGACAAGCAGUUUAGAACCAAACUUGAACGCGACACCAUGUAUUUGCUUGUGAAUUUCAUCGUUGCGUUGACCGUGAUGCAGGUGCAGGCCGGCUCCUACGUCCCUGACUCGGAUCGAAACACGCGGACACUGCAAAACGACCUGGAGGUGGAGCGGGAUGGCAACUACCGAUACGCCUACGAGACCUCCAAUGGAAUAUCCGCCUCGCAGGAGGGAUUGGGAGGCGUUUCCGUCCAGGGUGGCAACAGUUACACCUCUCCAGAGGGAGAGGUCGUCAGUGUUAACUAUGUGGCCGACGAGUUUGGCUACCAUCCUGUGGGCACACACAUUCCCCAGGUCCCGGACUAUAUACUGCGAGCUUUGGAGUAUAUUAGAACGCAUCCCUACCAGAUAAAGGAUUACUACACCGGCGAGCUCAAGACCGUAGAGCACGAUGCGGCUGCGUUCAAUGUGUAUACCCGGAAAACACAGGAAGCUUCGGCGCCAAGAACCCGCCAGAGCACCACACCAAAGACUAUAUACCUCACCCAUCCGCCCACGACCACGUUCCGACCUCUGCGAGAAAGACGAGGCGCUUUGAAACAUUGAUGAUCUAUGGUCGAAAAACUUUCGGCGAGGGAACAGGCUUGGUCUUUUUGGAAUCCCCUAGGCGAACCUGUCAAUUUUGAUCUAAGCGAUUAAUUAAGCCACAAGCAAUAAAUAUAAGUGAUAAGCAAACGUAAGCUUAAAUGUAAAACAACGACAACAAUCCAUUGUUUAUGUUUUGACUUGUCAACGAGCUGACAGAUCCGAAUUUUUGUCUAUUUAAUUAUGUUUAUAGAAUAGCGAUCGAACAUUCGUUUGAUAAAAGGCGCAACCGAUUACCGAUCCGUCAACUGUUAUUUUUAUUACAAAUCGAACGAAUAUAGUGCACAAGUCAAAGGAACAUAAUUAGUUUAGUUAAAGAAUUGUUUUUAAAUUAAAGAUAUCUAGCUUUAAAAUUAAAACAAAUAACAGUUGUUA